AAGCUGCCACAUCAACCACAGCGACGUGUCCAAAAGACAACUCGAGCCCACUACCUCACACGAUACGAUCUCGAAGACAGUCGCACGUACAAAACCUGUGAUUUGCGACCCUACAAAGUCCUCCAUCACCCCGAUUGUUCGACCUUAUCCAGACUCUGGGCUGGCUUCCCCCCCGAUCCAUGAUCGCAUCGCUUGCGGCGUGAGGCUCGUCGAGCUCGAGCGAUUUGUCGACAAAACACCUCUCCCACCCUUCCCCCGAACCGAAAUCUCGUUGUGCGAGGCUCGCAUACUAGGUCGUCAUGUUGGACCCCAGUGAUCUCGUCAAAGUCAGCGAGCAAUUGCUUCGACGAGCGAGCGACGACGAAGAUGCCGACCCCGAAGAGGGGGACUCGGCCCAGAAGGAGCUCUUUGCGGCAUGGGCGCUCUUCAUCUCCAUCAUGCUCCUCAUCGUCGCUUUCUUCACCAGCUACCUACUCCAGCAGAAGAAGGUCACCGCUAUCCACGAGACGGUCAUCUCCAUUUUUGCUGGCAUGACCGUCGGCCUCAUCCUCGUCAUCACGCCGGGCGACUCGAUCCGGAACCUCAUCAGCUUUGACUACCAGAUCUUCUUCAACCUCCUCCUCCCGCCCAUCAUUCUCGCUUGCGGCUACGAACUCCACCAGGCCAACUUCUUCCGCAACUUUGGCAUCAUUGUCACCUUUGCCUUUGCCGGCACGUUCCUCUCGGCCGUCGUCAUCGGGCUGAUCCUGUGGCUCUUUGCGCUCGUCCCAGGCAGCAUCCAGAUGAGUUUUGUGGACGCCAUCUCGGUCGGCGCCACGCUUUCUGCCACGGAUCCGGUCACCAUUCUGGCCAUCUUCAACACGUACAAGGUGGACCCCAAGCUAUACACCAUCAUUUUCGGCGAGUCCAUCCUCAACGACGCUAUUGCUAUCGUCAUCUUUGAAACGGCGCAAAAGUACAAAAAGGGCGACGCGGACAGCUACGGCAUCCUGUCCUUCUUUGAGGGUAUUGGCAUCUUCUUGAUUGUCUUCUUCGGCUCCCUCCUGAUCGGCGUGGUUGUCGGUGUCGGGACGGCGUUGCUGCUCAAGUUCACCUACGUCCGCCGUUUCCCGAAGAUCGAGUCUUGCCUCAUCGUCCUCAUCGCCUACGCAACGUACUUCUUCUCCCACGGCCUGCACAUGUCCGGUAUCGUGUCGCUGCUCUUCUGCGGCAUCACGCUCAAGCACUAUGCCUACUUCAACAUGUCCCGCCGGACGCAGCUCACGACAAAAUUUAUCUUCCAGGUCAUGUCACAGCUGUCAGAGAAUUUCAUCUUCAUCUACCUCGGACUGGCUUUGUUCACGGACAGCGCGCUGUCCUUCCAGCCGCCGCUGAUCAUUGUCACUGUCUGCGCGGUCUGCGCUGCUCGUUGGGUCGCCGUCUUUCCUCUCUCGAAAGCGAUCAACUGGACUAUCAAGUACCGAGCCCGACGCCGUGGGCUAGAAGUGGAUGACGAGCUGCCUUACAACUACCAGGCCAUGCUGUUCUGGGCGGGUCUUCGUGGUGCUGUCGGCGUCGCCUUGGCUGCGCUACUGACGGGCGACAAUUCGUACGCCUUGCGCGCCACUGUCCUGGUUGUGGUCGUCUUGACUGUCAUCAUUUUUGGCGGCACCACCGCUCGUAUGCUGGAGAUUCUGGGUAUCAGGACGGGUGUCGUCGAAGAGAUCGACUCUGACGACGAAUUCGACAUUGAGAAUUUUGGCGGUGGUAUGCAUGCAAAGCGCACAGGCGGAAUUGGAUACACGCCUCGCCGCAACGGCUCUACCGUGCCCCUGGGCACCUUGGACCCAACGACCGGCGAGGCCGCCUACGUGUCCGGCGCCAACUCUCCAGCGGCACGCUCCCACUCCAACCCGCUGAGCAGGAAGAACUCGGUGCGCGAGUUUGAGCGCGCCGACCUGCUCGGUCGCCCUGGCGGCCCCUCCCACGACGGCGCCGACGACGACGAUGACUUUGGCUCCGACAUUGAUACAUCCGACCUGCCUCCUCCGGCACGUCGCUCGCCCUUACCGCCGCGCAACACGGAUUCCGCCUUCAUGUCACCCGAGGCCUCGACAACACCUACGGCAUCCGGCAUGACGGCGACGGGUGCCAUACGGCAGCUCUGGCAAGCGGAAGACCCAGCAGGUCUAUUUCGACAGCUGGAUGAGGAUUACAUCAAGCCUAAGCUGCUGUUGCACGGGGACAAGAGCCAUCACGGCGGGCCGAGUUGAAUGCGUAUCUAUACUAGUUGGGAAACGAGGGAUGAUCGAAUAGAUGUACAUUGUUUCAUUGUUAGUACGAGAUGGCGUCUUGGAAAUAGAAUUCAUGCAUGGUUCAAGUUGGAGCACGCGCAUGUUUAGUGAGGCUUUGUAUUAACUUGUACAUAUUCCUUGUUUUGCUAGCUACUCAUCCUCAUGGUAGCCACCGUAAGGGGGCGCAAAGACGCGACACCUUCCUUCAUGGUGUUUACUGAGCAGUCGGCGUGGCAGCCUCGCUACUUUGCCUAACCACAGGC